AGAGAGACGAGAAUUUUAAUUAGAUGCACAACAAUAUAUUGCUGGAAAAUAUUAUUUUGUUGUAGUUUUUAAGUGAUUAUAAUUAAACAAUAACGUAAAGUGUACGUAAGAUAAAGAACCAUGUGAAUAGUGAUGUUUGUAUGUGUAUUGUGCGAUGUAAAAUUUUUUCCAUAGUCCCACCAAGCGGCCAUUUUUAUCUAUGUAUGUACUGAACCUGUCAAUGAGCUUUUGUGUUUUUAACAUGACAAUAUUGUUAAACAACACUAAAUUAUAUUUCAAUAUCAGAGAAGCAUAGACAUUUAAUCAAAAUGGACAAAGUUUUGAUGCCAGUUCCUAUAAAAAUAGAAGAUGAUUCAGAGGACAAAAUAAAGCCAGAGGUUGAGGUUAUAGAUUUGGACGAUUAUACAUCUUCUGAAGACAGGUUACGAAGAUGGAACUCAAAAGUUCGUCGUAAGAUAAUACCCUUGUAUGACGAGGAUGAAGCUUGUAAAGUUUUGUUUAGUUUAAUGAAAUGGUACACUGAGACAUUACUAGAAGACGUUAUAGACACGGAUAUUUGUGAUACUUUCAUCCAAUACUUAAAUAAUCACCUCAACUUUUAUUACUACACUUUCGUAAGAUCAAAAUUCCAGUCGAUGGAUCAGUAUUUGUCCCACAUGGAAGACAUUUUGGCAAUAAAUCUAGACUAUGAAAUCGAACUGUUUAUGAAAGACCAAAAGAAGUAUAGGAAACAUUAUCGCCAAAAGAUGUUACGCAAAUUGCAGACGUUGUUGUUUUACGAUACUGAUUCCUAUUUGAACGUUUUGUUGAAGGUUAAACUCGAUAUCAGUUCGGAGGCUUCGAAGAUUUAUUGGAAUUUCAUUUUUAAAUUUGUACUGUCCAAAGGACCAAAAUCAACCACGGAUCUCGACUUUUGCCGAGCUUACAUCUUACACGAGAGGUGGAAGAAAGUGUCCAAUAAUGAGAUGCACAAAAUGAUCAACGAUAUGCUAUAUACCAUCUACUCUCGAGGAGUUGAAGAUGUAGCAUCGAAUCAACAUCUGCAAGAAAUAUCGAAGCCUCGAGAUACACAAGUAUUAACUUUUAUAACCGCCCACGAACUUACACAGCUCUGCAAGUCCUUCAUAGAAUAUGUUAUUAAAAAGAACGAGGAGGAGACUAUGCGGCUGGUAGCGGAGCGACUAGAUAGAGACGAUAGUGAUGACGAACAACUGAAAGCUCUUCAGGAAGUGUCCAUCACGUCGCAAGUGGUGGAGUCGAUACCAGCAAGUUCCCAAGCAGUAGAAAAUCAGAUAGAUGCUUCUGGAUCAGAUCAAAUUAUCGACCUCGAAAGUGAUGACCAAAAACCUGAAAACGAGUGUGUAGCGGUUGGAGUAGGGUCUGUAAAUUGUAACCCCGAGGAUUCGCAAAUGGUUCACGAAAUUUGGGACGGCGAUGACGAUAUUUCUUCCAUUAUAUAUUUUUCUCGGAAAGAGCGCAGUGUACCAUCCUUCUUGGAAUCCAUAGAAAUUCCCAAAUCCAUUGCAGAUAAGGAAAAUAGAAAUCCAAAAGAAAAGUCUAAAUUCGGUCAACCUCCAGUGACGCCAUCUACAUUGAAAUUGCAAAGCAGUAAUUCGGUCCAGUCUAGAGAAAAGCAGUCCAGGAAAUUCACGCGGAAAAAAACUAUAGACUCCACUAUUGACCUAUCAAUUGAUUUGGACAGUGUGGAGAGUAUUGAGUAA